AUGUCUUGUGCAAAUGUUACAGACUGUACUCGCCAAUUUAAAUGUUUGUUGGUGAUGAUUCCCAUCGUUUUUACAUUUUUCUAUGCGUUUAUUUUUAUAUCCAAGGGGUUUCAAGAAAAAAUUGAGAAUUUCUCGGUUGUUCGUGACAGGAGGACAACAGUAGUAACGGGAUACUUUGUUUUGACGAAAUUUCAGAAAGGUAAUAAGCCGCUAUAUUUCUCCAGUGACCUCUACAAACGAUGGUGUUCAACAUUCUCACUCCUGUUGAAUCCGCUCAUCGUGUACCUGGAAAGAAACAGUUCAUUUGUGGAAAUAUUUAAAAAAAUUCUGUCGAAGCACGAACCAAGCAGAUACAAAAUAAUCGAGGUGGAAAGAAAGGAUUUGUGGGCAUUCAAGCUGCUCCCGAACAUCACAAAAAUAUUUUCCAAGCCCGGCUAUCCCAAACAUCCUCCAAAUACUGUUGUUCCGGAGUAUUCAGCCGUCAUGCACUGCAAAUACGAACUCAUGAAUCGAUCCAUCGUGGAAAAUCCCUUCAAGACGAAUUAUUUUGCAUGGCUUGAUAUCGGAUUAUUUCGGGAUUUCGCUGUUAGUGACGAUCCGUAUUAUUUUGUGAAGCUCAUUAACGAGACUCUCUUUUCUCAAAAGUUUUACUUGGAUGUCCCAGAUAACUUCGAUCGCUCAAAAGUAGCAUACACUGAAGUUUAUGAUUUAUCGAAGAAUAUGAAACCAUGCGAUAUUGUUAAUGAAAAUAUGGUUUGGGUGUGUGGUUGUUACUUUGUAGGGGGAGGAGAGGUUCUGUUGAGAUGGUGCGGUGAGUAUAUGAGGGCAGUUGAGGAAAUGAUCGGUCAACAUGACUGUGUGAGCACUGACCAACAGGUCAUCUACUGGCUCUUCAGCAACAGAAAAAAUUUAAAGGUAUCUACAUCCAUUCAAACUUAUACAAACAUGUCUUCAAAUGUUGAUCCAUGGUUCUAUUUGGGUUACUUGAGUAGACGAAAAUAUAAAACUUAG